UAGAUGAGGUCACAAGCUGUCGUGUGUGUGCUGGGAGGAAUGGAAUGUGUUAGAGUAGCGAUCAGAACCGGGUUAACGUUCUAAAAUCGAACGCUGCAACCCGCAACAUUGCAUCUGUAGAAUAUUUCCAUCUCCGGGUGCUUGCUCGGCACUGCAGCGAUCUGUUAACCCCGGAGCUGCUGGAUUCCUCAUCAAUACAGAGGGAUAAAAAGGUGUUGCAAUGAAGAGACAUGCAGGGAUUUGUACGGUUACGGUGCCCGCACCUAAGCAUGUAAUGCUGCUCUGAAGCGGGUAGUUACCCUCAUUUUAUUUUUUUCUUUUGUUUUUAUUAUACCUGUUUUUAAUACCUGAAUGCAUAGAACUGAUGCUUCUGCCUGGGCUACAUUUAAAGUUGAUGAAGUGUGCCGGCUGCAAGCAAUAGUUGAUAGCUCUAAAUUGCACAGUGCAUCUCUGUAUAUUGGGGAUCGGCACUGCCUGCAGCAGCUGCUUGUGGAUUGCACCCUUAACGCAAAAUGAAAGACAGAAGGGGAGAAAGUUAAAGAAAUCGCCCACAUGCGCUGGAUCAGCCCGCGGCUUUGGGAAAGGAACAAGAAGAAGAAGGAGGUGGUGGAGGUGUUGGAAGAGAGUUUGAAAUCUUGUAAGAGUGGAAGAUGGCGGAGUGGAGCUGAAAGUGUAAAUUGGGAGACUUUGGGGGAUUUUGUGUUUAUAUACGGUCAUCCAGAGUCAGAUCGGACACAUGCAGGCCAAAAAACGCUACUUCAUCCUGCUCUCAGCUGGCACCUGUCUAGUCCUGCUGUUCUAUUUAGGAGGAUUGCAGUUUAGGGCAUCCAGGAGCCAUAGCUGGAGAAGGGAUGAACACAGUAGAAAUGAUUUGCAAAAGAAUGCAGAUCACCCUUGGCAGAGAUUUCCGGACACCCUGCUCCCUUUUAUCCAGUGGGAUCAGGCUGAGAGUCAGGAUUACAACAGCCAGGUGUCCCCUAGGCAAAAGAGGGAUGCCAACUCUAGUGUGUACAAGGGCAAGAAGUGUCGCAUGGAGUCCUGCUUUGACUUCACUCUGUGCAAGAGGAACGGUUUCAAGGUGUAUGCUUACCCUCAACAGAAAGGAGACAAGAUCUCAGAAAGUUACCAAAAUAUCUUAUCAGCCAUUGAGGGCUCCAGAUUUUACACCUCUGACCCUAGCCAGGCUUGCCUGUUUGUGCUGAGCUUGGACACCUUAGACAGAGACCAGUUGUCCCCACAGUAUGUGCACAACCUCAAAACAAAAGUCCAGAACCUGCACUUGUGGAACAAUGGUAGAAAUCAUUUAAUUUUUAAUUUAUAUUCUGGGACCUGGCCCGAUUACACCGAAGAUGUGGGUUUUGACAUAGGCCAGGCCAUGCUUGCCAAGGCUAGUAUCAGCACAGAAAACUUCCGCCCCAAUUUUGAUGUCUCCAUCCCACUGUUUUCUAAGGAUCACCCCAGGACAGGAGGGGACAAGGGAUUCCUGAGAUUUAACACUAUCCCUCCUAUUAGGAAGUACAUGCUGGUAUUUAAGGGGAAAAGGUACUUGACAGGGAUAGGGUCAGACACCAGGAAUGCCUUAUAUCAUGUCCAUAAUGGGGAGGAUGUUAUCCUCUUGACCACUUGCAAGCAUGGCAAAGACUGGCAGAAACACAAAGACGCUCGUUGUGACAAAGACAACACAGAAUAUGAAAAGUAUGAUUAUCGUGAAAUGCUGCACAAUGCCACUUUCUGUCUGGUCCCACGUGGCCGUCGGCUUGGAUCCUUCAGGUUUCUGGAGGCAUUGCAGGCUGCAUGUGUUCCCGUUAUGCUGAGUAACGGGUGGGAGUUGCCUUUCUCUGAAGUGAUUGAUUGGAACCAAGCAGCAGUCAUUGGGGAUGAGAGAUUAUUGUUACAGAUUCCUUCUACAAUCAGGUCUAUCCAUCAGGAUAAAAUUCUAGCACUUAGACAGCAGACUCAGUUCUUGUGGGAGGCUUAUUUUUCUUCAGUCGAGAAGAUUGUAUUGACUACACUCGAGAUCAUUCAGGAUAGGAUCUUCAAGCACAUAUCACGGAACAGUUUAAUGUGGAACAAGCAUCCGGGUGGUCUGUUUGCACUGCCACAGUAUUCAUCAUAUCUAGGAGAUUUCCCCUACUACUACGCUAAUCUAGGUAUAAAAUCUCCUACCAAGUUCACUGCAGUCAUCCAUGCAGUGACGCCAUUGGUUUCCCAAUCCCAGCCAAUCCUGAAGCUACUUGUUGCCGUAGCAAAAUCACAGUACUGUCAUCAGAUUAUUGUCCUAUGGAAUUGUGACAAGCCACUCCCUGCCAAACACCGCUGGCCUGCAACUGCCGUGCCUGUCAUUGUCAUUGAAGGGGAGAGCAAGGUUAUGAGCAGCCGUUUCUUACCUUAUGAUAAUAUAGUCACGGACGCCAUUCUUAGCCUUGAUGAAGACACGGUGCUUUCAACCACUGAGGUGGACUUUGCCUUUACGGUUUGGCAGAGCUUUCCAGAGAGGAUUGUGGGAUAUCCAGCCCGUAGUCACUUCUGGGACAGUGCCAAAGAGAGAUGGGGUUACACAUCCAAGUGGACUAAUGACUAUUCCAUGGUACUAACAGGAGCUGCUAUCUACCACAAAUAUUAUCACUACCUUUACACACAUUACUUACCUGUCAGUCUGAAGAACAUGGUGGACCAAUUAGCCAAUUGUGAAGAUAUCCUCAUAAACUUUCUGGUAUCUGCUGUGACAAAGCUGCCCCCUAUCAAAGUGACACAGAAAAAACAGUAUAAAGAGACCAUGAUGGGACAGACCUCCAGAGCUUCCCGCUGGGCAGAUCCGGAUCAUUUUGCCCAGAGACAGACCUGUAUGAACACAUUUGCCAGCUGGUUUGGCUAUAUGCCGCUUAUCCAUUCACAGAUGAGACUCGACCCUGUUCUCUUUAAAGAUCAAGUCUCCAUCCUGAGGAAAAAAUAUCGUGACAUUGAACGACUUUGAGACAUACUGCCCCAAGACUGAGCCUUCUGCCCAGUGCAAAUACAUCAACACAUGGACAACAGCUGUACAAAAAAUAUAUAUGCAGCAUCAACACAAAGAAGGGGAAAACCGCAAUUGGAAACAAGACUUUUGUGUCAAUAGCCCAUUGCACUGGACUGCUACAAACCCUCAAGCUCUUUGUUGUCUCAAAGCUAGGCUGUGUACAGUUUAAUUAUGGAACAUUAAAUAAUUAUUUUUGAAAUGAUUGCUAUGCAGGUUUAAACUUUUUUAAUGAACAAAAACUAUUAAAAUCAGAGAUCUUUCUUUA